AUGGAUCUCAGGAAAUGCACAUUUGGCAUCCGAAUGCCAUUCGAUCUCAAUAGGCUAAACGAAAUUAUAAACAGGGAGGUGAAACACUUUCGAAACUACAAGACUUACCAUCCUAACUUUGGAGUCAUACCGGUGGCCACCAAGUUCUACGCGGCCCACGAUCAGUUGAAGAAACAGUCACCAGAAGAGACUCGAAACAUCGAGAACUAUUACAACAACGUAACAAAAUCCCAAGCUAAAGGUCCACGUUCCAAAUAUCCCUCACCGGUCACGGAGAACCAGACGUAUGCCGAAAUGCAC